AUGUCGACCUUUAUCAUUAAGGAGUAUAUUAAUUAAAAAACUACAAUAUUCUAAAAAAGUUAAACUUAAUCUGAAACAAUAUAUGCAUAGCCAUAUAUGACAGUAGAAAAGAAAAAGUUUGCCCAGAGUUAAGUUAAUGAUAUUUUAGUUGAAUAACACAAACUAUUAGACACAACUUUCUACAGCAAAGCAUUCAUCAUUAAAUAUUGCGAUUAAAUAGUUGAUUUAAAUGAAGGCUGCGUAUUUAGAAUAGAAGUUUAAGCUUAUCCUGAAAUGGAUCCUCAUAAUAUUUAUUGUAUUAUAGAACUGUUGUUUUGUGAACUUAGCACAAUAACGCAAGAAGACUUUAAAAUAGAUAAAUUGUAACAAUAUUAAAAAUGCGUAGCAAAAUUUGAAAGUAGAUUACACAAUAUAAAGUUGAUAAAAGAGUUUGUAUCAUGUCAAUUUGAUGAAUCUCAUUUUUGCUAAUUAAAAUUAACCAUUCAUUCAGUUUUAGUUGAUUUUAAAUAUCAUUAAAACGAUCUUACUCUUGAAUAAUUUAUGAGCAACAUAACUAAUAAAUUUAAACAGAAUUUGGUAUCUGAGUUUUAUGCAGGCUAUAAUAAGAUAUUGUUAUAAAUCCAUGAAUAACUUGAAAGCUAUUAUUAGACAAACGUAAAAUAAUGCAUAUCAGAUGAACACAUUCAAAAUAAAUUUGGGCGAUUACAAUACUUGAAUAAAUCUGUAAAUUUUAGGGAUUUUUCUGAAUAUAGCGCACGAAUGGAUGAACUAAAAGCAAAUGUUUAACUAUAGGAAGAGUUUUGUAAUUAAUUAUUUUUAGAGGUUAAACAUACAUCCUCCAAAAUUUUUGUUGUUUGGUAUUAGUUUAUAGAUGCACAUAACUUUAUGGCUGAUACUUUGACCAAAAUCUUAGAACAAGAGUACACCCAAAAAAUAAAAGAGAGAUGGGGAGAGAGCAUCUUUUAACAUGUUCAAACAGUAGAGGAUUUAUCAUAAUCAGAUAUUUCGCUAGGGAAAAAUCAUAAAAUGAUGGCAAAAUAAUACAGAAAUAAUAAUUAUUACAAAUAAUUAGAACCAUUAAAUAUUGAGGAUUUAGAUUUAUUCCCAGAAGCAAAAAUUCAUCCAAUAGUGUUUAGGGAUGUGUCAAGAAAAUAAGAAUUCUAACUGAAACCUGUAAAAGGGCUUCAUUUACUUGUUUUUGUACAUGGAUAUUAAGGGAACUCAUAUGAUAUGAGAUUGUGGAGAAACAACAUGGCCAUCAGAUAUCCUGAUCAUUUAACUUUAUUGUCAAAAUGUAAUGAAGAUAACACAGAUACGGACAUAUUAGUAAUGGGAGAGAAAUUAGCCUUAGAAGUAAAGAGGUGGAUUAAAGAAUGGUGUCCAAAAGACAAUUUUUCUAAGUUGUCUUUUAUAGGCCAUUCACUUGGAGGAAUCAUAAUUAGAGCGGCAUUACCUCAUUUGAGUAAAUAUAAAGAUAAAAUGUUUACCUACUUGUCAUUGGGAAGUCCUCACUUAAGUUAUACAUUAUCAUCGAGUAAGGUUGUUGAUACGGGACUAUGGUUCAUAAGAAAAUGGAAAAAAUGUAUUUGCUUAAAUUAGUUAACGUUGAAUGAUUCUUCAAACCCAUUCGAGACUUGCCUCUAUAAAUUGUCGACAUAUGAGGGUUUAGGAUGGUUUACAAAUAUUGCACUCAUGAGUUCUUAUUAAGAUACUUAUAGUCCUUUUGAAUCAGCUAGAAUAUAAAGGCCAAAAGGAAGCAGUAAGGAUGCCAUGAUUAUCAAUAAAAUGAUCGAUAAUAUCAUGAAGAAUCUAUCUAAUUAAAAGAUUGAUAGAUUAGAUGUGAAUUAUGAAUUAGUCGGAAAAUCUUUGGAUACCAUGAUUGGAAGGGCUGCUCACAUUGCAUUCAUUGAUAAUAGCGCAUUAAUUAAAUUGUCUCUAUACAGUUUUGAUGAAUUAUUUGAUUGA